AUGUGUCCUCCGUGGCGAUGCUGUGAGGUUGAGGUGAUACGGUUGGUACUGGGGAGAGAAGCAGUAGGUGUGGGGAGUAGUGGGUUCUGGUUCGUAGGUCGGAUAGGAGGUAUAGCUGUUGCUGGUCUCGCAGUUGAUGAGUGUGUAGCUGAUGCUUUAGACGCUGCUGGCUGUGCAGGUACUGGUUUCGCAGUUGCUGGCUGUGUGAGCAUUGAUGAUUUCCGUGCAGAUGAUUUCGCAGCAGGUGUUCUCGGCUCUAAGGGCGUGUCGCAGCUAAGGGGGCAGCAGGGGUUGACAGCGGCACCGCAGGGCGUGCAGCAGCGAGGGGUACAGCAAGAGCACUUCCGGGAGCAGCCCGGUAGGGAGCAGGGGUUGACAGCAGGAGCCCAGGGCGUGCAGCAGCCAGGUGUGGAUCCGGCAGCUGGGGUUGACAGCAACACUUCCGGGAGCAGAACAGCCAGGCGGGCAGCAGGGGGUGAUGGCGGCAUCCCAGGGCGUGUGGCAGCUAGGGAGGAAGCCGGGGUGCCAGCAGCAACACAGGACGGGCAGCAGCCGGUGGGGCAGCAGAGGGUCCGAGAAGCACCACAGGACGGGCAGCAGCCUGUGGGGCAGCAGAACAGCAGCAGCCCAGGGCGCGCAGAAGCCAUGGGGAUGGCCGGCGGUAAUGGCGGCAGCCCGGUGGCCCACGGCGAGCAGCAGCCAGUGGGCUAG